GCAGUCGAGUGCGCGCGGCCGGUGUACACGCACGCGCGCCAGAACCGGCCGUAUCGCGUGUGUGACGUCAACACUGUCUGCCGCGCUCGUGCUUGUUUAGCCGGCCGUGGCGCGUGCGUGCAGCCAUGAGCGCUGCGUCGAGCGACGACAGCGGUGUGGAGCUGCACAAGCGGCGCAACAAGCGCAAGUCGAGCGAGCCACGGCGCCGGCGGCUGCUGAGCGGCCGACCCCGCCCCUGCAAGGAUGCGGACACGACCGAAGACGAUUCGGCUGAGGAGCGCGUUCCGACGAUUCCAUCGGCCGUCGCCGGCCGCGGCUCCGUCAUCCACGAGGUGCGGCGGACGGCGCCGGACGAAGGCCUCGACCUGACCACCACGUCCAACUCGCCGGCUACUUCGGCGACGUCCACCACUGCCGGCGGCGAUGACGAAUGCCUCCUGGACUUGCGCUCGACGGCGACCCAUCCGUCGAUCUUCGAGUCACGGGAGACCGGCGUCGUGCUGUUCGGCGGACAGAUGACGCUCUCCGAGCAGUCGGCGCGUCGCGCGCCGGCCCUUCGGCCCGGCUCCUGGACUCCACCGUGCAAGAGAAGCGCCGCAGGCGACGGCGCCUCGACGGACAGCUUGCGGGACACCUCCUGUCUCCGGGAGAAGCGGAUAGCGCUCUCUCUGUACGGCAACGCAUCAACAUCCUUCCCUAGUGCCAGCACUUCAGCGGCGCGUGAGACAUUCGACGCGAGUGACGUGGAACUAAUUCCGAGGACUAGUAGAACGUCUCCGUGCUUGGACAGUACUAGUGGCAGCAGCCGUUCGGCGCAGCGCAAUUACAAGGGUAUGACCAGGCAACGGCGCAUCGAGGCAAACGCCCGCGAGCGCUCGCGCGUACACACUAUCAGCGCGGCGUUUGAAGCGUUGCGGCGCGCGGUGCCGGCGUACGCGGACAACCAGAAACUUUCCAAGCUCGCCAUCCUGCGGAUCGCGGCUGCCUACAUCGUGGCCCUGGCUAGGCUCAACGAGAAAGACUACAGCUACGACCAACGUGCUCCCUCGUUUGCCGAGUGCAUCGACCUGUGCACGCGCACCAUCCAGGCCGAGGGCAAGGCUAGGCGCAGAGGCUCCGCGGCCGCCACUGCCACCAAGGACUCCCUGGAGAUGUCCAGCUGACAUGGGGAUGAGUGCAGUGCGGCGGCACCCAGUCAUUCAACGCCGCAACCGUGAGCACUACCGAAUGUGCAAGCCUGUGAACGAGCGAGCAGCGUUGCUCAGCAGUGCGCAUCAUUUGGCAGUGCUGUUUCAACCGUGUUGCAGUGCAGCUUCCGUUGUGUAGCGACCGACGCAACAUGCGCACAAGCUGCCAACUUCUGAGUGUGAUAGACCUCCACACUGGCAGGAGGAAAAGAAAACCCGAACUGCAUUUAUUUAAGGACUUCAUUAGUGACUGUCUUGGUGCGGCGUUUAUUUUGCCAUUGUUGUUGUUCAUGUGAGAGGUAUUUUCGCGCGAUAGACGUCUCUUACGGCAAUUAUUCGAGUGGUGCUUCUCCUAAGUGUGACGAAGACGGACCCGCCCGCGGAACCCAGUGGCAUUUCCGCUAUUCGUGCUGGCGCGAAAGCUUACCUGACUGCUGGAACGAGGCCGCAAUGCCGACGUUGUUUGCAUAGCCGAGUGAUCGAGCCUCACAUAAAGACGUUUUAAUUCGGCACCUGAGAUAAACUGGGUGUUAACUCGUCCUCGCAGUAACCCUUUCAUUUUUUGCAACGCUCGUGGUUUUUCCUGACGUAGGGGAGAAACUCUGGCGGCAUGUGCAACCAGGAUUGCAGGCUUACUACAGUUGGACAAAAGUAACGGCGUAACGCGGCAGAAGCGUAUCGUAUCAUAUUUCAAGCGGACUGCAGCUCCUGUAAACGAAGCAAUUUCUUAGAAAAACGUAGGGAGGGGAGGGAAAGGUAGGAGAGAGCGGAUAGAAGAGGGCACCUUCUCGAGAUGAGUGCCUGCACCUUCGAGAGCCAUGCUGCGUUACCUCUCGUUAAAAAAGUACCCAUCAGAGCCGCCGCGGUGGUCUAGUGGUUAUGGUGCUUGACUGCUGACCCGAAGGUCGUGGAAUCGAAUCCCGGCCGCGGCGGCUGCGUUUCGGUGGAGGCGAAAUGCUAGAGGAUUUAGGUGCAGUUAAAAUACCCAGGUGGUCGAAAUUCUCGGAGCCCUUCACUAUGGCGCCUCACAUAAUCAUAUCGUGGUUGUGGGACGUAAAACCCAACCCGUUAUAAAAAAAAAUCCAUCAGUACCCGGUGGCAGCGGGAAUCGAACCCAGUCCUUCACGCAUUGGAGGCGGACGCCCUACCACCGGUCUCGAAUGGUGGCUUUUCCUACCCUCUCCCUACUGUCUUUCACUUCCUCCACGUUGCUCUAAUCAUUGUCUAUCCGAAUGGGAACGCUAACUUUGAAAUAUGACAAACACCAGGUGGCGCAACCCUUCUUGACAGCAUAAUGCGUGUGGAGAAUAUCCGGUAAGGUAAACUGAUAACGACGCGCUUCUACAGUAUCCAUGUAAACACCGGUUAUGCUUCGUUGUGACAAGCCGUCCGAAUUAGUGAAGAAAGUCGUCAUUCGUUCGUGGAUUACGAAGCUGCGGCUAAGAAUAGAAGACUAAGAAUAGAAAAGAAGAGAUACGAGUGUUGAUGACUGAGACAAGAGCGGAAAGACAGGGAGACGCGUGUCUGGCUGGCUGCAUUACAAAGGGGAAAGGCGAUAAGGAAAGAAACGAAAGGAGCGGGAGCCAGGCGCCAUCAGUGCACCUGUUACUUACGAAAAAUAUCGAUUACUGAUGCCAAUCAAGGCUGAGAAACAUUCUUCUAAGUAUUUCUACAGAAUGGCCAAAGGCCUUGGCCAACUACUAAAGCUGCACUGUCUUAACCGAGCAUCGCCCGAUGCGUAUGCGCAUGAAGGCUGCAGUUCGGCCCAGGAAGUUAGUAUAGCAGCGUGCCCGUCAGCUCUGAGGAGCCUUUUUUUUAUUUUUGAAGCGAGGCAUCGGUGUAAACAUUAACGAUGUAUCGAUCAGGGUAACUACGUGUCACCAACGUGACCGUUGAAACACCCUGUUUACCCUGAGUUCACCCCUUCCGACAUACACGUAGGUCUGAGCUGAGCGUCUGCACUCAGUGGCCAAUUCAGCCGCUGCUUCUAAUAUUUCGGGCGACCCACUGCUUCAUCGCCGCGUACGCAUCCUGGUAUAGAGUGAGGCACAAUCGGCACAUGUUAUGUGGUUUCGACCUAGCAAUGCAGGCGCAUAUGCCCGUGUGAACGUGCCACCAGAGAUCUUCUGAAAGAUAAAAUAGAGAGAGUGUCUCGUUCACAUAGUGGCAUAGUUGUAAAUAUUGAGUGUCAGACUGAAAUAAUUGGGCAAGUCUCGCAGGAUCAAAACGAGAUAAGGAGCUGGCGCUGUUCGUUGCGCCUUACUCAAUUGACGAAAACGCGUAGUAGCCUUUUAGAAUGAGGCAAUACUAUAGUUGACAAGUUUAGUGAGCUUGAGACAACGAACAUAGCGAACUACCAUGUUUUCUACUUUUAGAACAAAAGACAAACAGUGCAUCUUUUUUAAAAUUUUUUUCUUAAGGAUAUCGACUAAACGAAAGACCGUGGCAGCAGGUGGCGUCGUUCAAGCGGUGUAAGUGCAAUUAAGACUACAGGCAGAGUAAACUAGGCGGUUCUAACUCGUUUCUUUUAACUUCAGUCAUUUUCUGCCUUCUCCAGGGGUCGUUCCGGCUUUACACCAUGUCCUAAUGGUGAACGUUGCAUAUACGAUAAGCACAGGACGCAGACGACUAGUGCAUUGCAGUGACCCUCCAUUAAUUCAACACGUCGGCACGCUGUUGUAAAUUAUUCGCGGCGGCACGAAUGUACACGUUCCUGGCAGAUAUGGAUUUCGUUCAGUCAAAGGGGAGAGAGAACUGUGCGUGUGUUAAUGGAUUUGCAUCUCAGCUUGUGCAAGGCACAUGUUUUUAUCCGGUUCUGGCAUCGAAAGCUAAAGCCGCUACCACACUUUCAAGCUAUACUGAGUGCUUCAAGAAAUGUGUCCGAAAAUCAUUAAAAAUCAGGGUAAUGCGAUAUUUGUUCGAUACCUUCACUAUUGCUUUUCCUGCAGCGGCAGGCAUCUUAAGAUGGCUAAAGGCAGCAUAUGAGACAGUAAUUAAGAAAGUUAAAUUAAUUAACUUUUUUAAUUCUUGAAGUUCGGCGGUUAUGUAAAACGGGAGAAUUGAAGUCCUUCAUGCGAAGAACCCAUUGCAGCUUUGAGGUUUCGAAAAAACGGCCUCUAGUAAUAAUUGCGAAGUAAUGAAAGUCAACCAAAUUCAGCGGCGAAAGCGGAAGGCGGAAGGCCAUAUUCUUCCGAGACGUCCAGAAUGAGUGAGCGUCGUUAUAUCGACCAUCAACCGACUUCGCUGUGUGGGUGUGCGAGUUGUGCUUGCAAUUAUAGCACGCAUGACGCACGUAGGUUAACGAACGCGGAAGAACUACACCUCUGCAAUCGUUGUCUUGAACAGUGACGUCAUUCUUUCCUCUUUCUCUCCUCCUAUCUUCCUUUCCCUCCUGCCGAAAGAGAAGGCAGGCGUUGUGCCCCUCUAGAUGCCAGUUGCCAGCUUGCUCUCUCCCUCUUGUGUAUAUCUACGUAUGCAAAUCAAAUAAAUAAAAAUAAAUUCUGGUCGUCUUCUGCUUGUUGCGCUCAUCGGUGCUUCGGUUUCAGUUUCGCCUUUGGAUUUGGUUGAAUUUCAUUACGCCACAAUAAUUACUAGAGGCCGCUUUUUCUACACCUCAAAGCUGCGACGGCUUCCUGGCAUGAAGAGCUUCAAAUCUCCUGUUUGACAGAACCUCCUAAAUUCACUAAAAAGAGUUCAUUAAUUUAACUUUCUUAACUACUGCCCCAAAUGAUGUCUUUAACCAACAUAAGAUGCCUGCCGCUACAGAAAAAGCAGUUGUGAAGGCAGCGAGCAAAUAUCGGAUUUUCCUGAUUUUUGAGGAUUUUCGGACACAUUUCUCGAAACAGCCUGUAUAAUCUUCCAAGGCGAUAAAUGUCGUCUGGAUGUAUUAAUGAGCAACGAAUGCCUCUUUAUAAUUGACAUUUUUAACAAUUUAGAAAAAAAUCUCUGUUAAGGGUGUUAUGUGUGCUUCUCUGUUUUUAACGACUAUAAUAACGUCUGCUGUAGAGCUUACAACGGGCGUCGGGUCUGCUUUUGAACAGCGGCCGAACUCCAAAUGGCGCGAAAUACAAUUGUAUUCCGGAUUCAAUUGCAUUGCAAAUGGCACAGUGCAGUCAGGAUUUAUCCAGGGGCCACCACCGUGUCACAGACCAUAUGGCAGCUUUCGGUUGUUCGAUCCCAUGGCGCAUUUUUGAUACUUCUACAACAGCGGAUGGAAAGAAGACAAACCAACUGCGGGGAAUAGCUCCCCAGCGAUGUCUACAGUUAUCGUUUUGUCUUCCAAAAUAAGAAAUUCUGUACAAAUGUUUUCUUCAUCAAAAAUAUAAAAAAAGAAAGAUGUGUACAUUCAACUAUGCUGAAACUCAUGCCACACGACUUUGGUCUUGGGUGGAUAGGUGUUUUUUGCGAGAGCGUUACAUUUGAUGUCAAGACAGAACGGUCUUGGCGAUCUUACCGUCCCAGUUGCAGACUCUAAACCCACUGUCAUUUCUUAUAACCGUCCAUUGGCGCACGUGAAGACUUGCAAUCUCGCAUUUGAUUUGUUUUUUUAGACUACAGAAACAAUCAAAUCAUGUUCUCCCAAGCGUGUAAUCCACGUCUGUGUGCUGUUUAUAACAAUACGAAGAGCUUUUAAUGCACCUGUAAAGGCAGUGAGUGCACUGACUUUUAAGGUGGGAAAUUGGAAAACAACCACAGACGGAACGUUUGCCUGACUACGCUACAUCUGAGGAUCAAUGAAGUUAGAUAUAGGGUUCUGGAGGGUUUAUUAAGGCUUAGAAUGUGUGUUGUUUCUAUUCUGCUCGUAAACUGCUUACAGAAGAGGGUAAAUGUCCAGUGACUGACAUGUACAUAUGCGUAGCGCUGUGUCAAUUUAGUCAACUCACGGCAGUGGUGGGUCAGUAUGUGCGUCAAUUCCUGGGUGAGAUGGGUAAGAAACGUCGAGGAAGAAAAUACGAAGAUUUCGCGUUUUGACGCUCUUCCAGCUACUCGACUACGAGUUCAAUAGGUGGAUAGCAAAAUGACGUCUUUCGGUUCGAUGCCUAGCUCUUUGCUGUUUCAAGGUGCGUGCCGUUCAGUGUAAUCGGGGAGAAAACACGUACUUUCUGCGACGCGGUUGUUACCAGUUAUGUUGCCUCCUCCCCGAUUACACUGAACCGCACACAACUUGAAGCAGCGAAGAGCUGAGCCUUGAAGGUUUCCGUGAACCGGAAGUGCUGUAGCAGACGACGCGCCGUUUUGCUAUCCACCUAUACUUCCAGCUGUUGCUAACGGUGACUACUCUUCGGCACUGCAGUUACAGAACGCUGCCAAACUUCACAAAAACAGCCACGCUCGCGGUUUUUUCGUGCUUUUUUUUUUCUUUUUCACGUAAUAGGCAGGCACGUACGCUGUCGCACUUCGUUAUGCCGUGUCAACAUCUAGUGAGUGUGCGUGCAUAAUUUGUAGUGUGGAAGUGAUGCCAUUGUGUGGAAGAGAAAAUUCGUGCCUGACUAAAGCGCCCCGCAUUGUUCAUUUCAUUGUGCGCGAUUCCAUAAUGCGUGUGAAAACUGAAAAAUAAAUUAUAUAUUUGCGUCGCACUUUCCGGAGUGUCAUGCUUCCAGCUGCGGAACUCGCAAACUAAAAAAGAAAAAAAAAACCAGCAAACACACUUUGGUAAGUACAUGAUACAUGACCCUGGUAGGUAUUAUUUUCCUCAUUCUUCGAUGAGGAGAAAGUACACCACCCACAGGAUGUCCUCUGUCUAUCGUGAUGUGUCACGCUUCGGACCUGCCAUCACGGUGACGGGUGUUCCAACAGUGCCAUCCAGACUGCGGAUGUUUGACAGGACCACGUGGUUGAUUGACAA